AUGAGGGAUAUAAUAAAUGUGUGUGUUGCAGGGACGGGAUUCUGAACGAGAUGCCAACCUUUUCAGUCCUCUACAAGGGAGCUGUGAUCAUUAGCAGGACAAUACUGGGCCCCUAUGGGGUAGACCGGAGAGUACACUGCGUAGACUUUACAGACUGCGAAAAUGGUCUGGGAAUUAAGGUUAUUGGAGGAGUGAAGGAGCUGACUGGGGAGGAGCAUGGUCUGUAUGUGAAGAGGAUUCUGCCUGGUGGUCUUGCUUCAGUUGAUGGUCGCCUGCAACCUGGAGACCAGAUUCUUGAAGUUAAUGGUGACAGUCUGGUGGGAGUGACAAAUGAAAGUGCAGUGGAAAUCCUUCGAGCUGCCUCUUCAUCCAAUAACAUGAGGCUGAUGAUUGCACGGGAUGAACAGGGAAGGCGGGAAUUUUCUGAAUUGUUGGAAAACCAUGAAUCCAGUAAUACAGGAUCAGUACAGAAUUCACCCACCCCACGAGGACAUUGCAGAUCAUCAGGCACCUCAUUAACUUCCGUGAGCCCUCGACUGUCAAGCCCAAUGAGUUCCCGCCACUCGUCCAAUGGAAACACUGGAAGUUUACUUCAUUCUAAUGUAGUUCAUAGUGAUGAAGAAAUUCAGCUCGUUACCAUCACCAAAUCUGCAGCCCUUGGACUCACUGUCUCAGGAGGAUCCAACAGGCCUGAUGGACCCAAAGUCUAUGUGGAGGAUAUCAUCUUCGGGGAAGAUGGCCAAAUGGAUGGCCAAAUUCGUCCAGGAGACCAGUUGGUUGCGAUUAAUAAAAAGUCGCUAAUCGGAGUGACGCAUGAAGAAGCCAAAAGCAUCCUCAAGAAAAUAAAGUUGACGAAUGAAGGAACCAUAACAAUUGCCUUUUUACCAGGCAAAGGGCUCGUACGCCGGCAAUCCUUGUUACACAAUGCAGACGACUCAGCUCAGAGGAACGUAGGAAACGACUUCAGUUCUUGCAGACUGAAGGUUCAUGUCAGAACUCCCAAGUCUCAACAUGAAGAGCAUUAUCUCGUGUCUUCUCAGUCACCAGACAUCUGCCCACCAGAGCACACUGCCUCAGCUGCCAAAACAUCCAUCCUAAAAGAAGUGCCCAGCAGCAAACUGAAAGUCUGCCUGGAUCCUCAUGUUCGGUUAAAAAUGGACAAGUUGGAGUUGGCACUGAAGUAUCUAGGGCUACGUGUCACAGAAGAACAGAGAAGAGCACUGAGGCACGGUCUCAGAAAUGACUCUCAGGGAACUGUAGCCUUCGGAGAUUUUGAGCAUGCAAUAAGGAAUAAACUACCAAAGGAACUAGAAGAUGUCGGCCUUAGUCAGAGUUCCCUGAUGUUUUACCCUCAUGAAGUUGCAAAUAUUUUGGAUACAACAGCUUUCCAAUCUCCGAUAUUUAGCUCUGUCACCUCCUGUGAGUCAGAGAAUCUGGAACAUCUGCAGACAGAGGUAACCGAGUUACGUCAGGAAGUGAAGAAACUGAAGGCUCUCAUCAAGGAGACAGAGAAGAGCAAGAAAUCACUAGAGGAUGAGCUUCAACAGCUCUCUCAGAAAGCAACAGCUGCACUUACGGAAAACAGGACUUUACAGAGCAAGUUGCAGUUGGCCAGUUCUGUCCAGCACCAGGCUCUCAGUGCUGAGCAGGACUAUGAGGAGGUGAUCCGUCUUCUGGAAGUUGAGAUCACAGACCUCAAAACUCAGCUGGCAGAGAAACGGCAGAAGGAUCGUGCGGAAGUUUCCAAGGAGGAUACACACGAUCUGCAACAGAGGCUGUCGGCUGCCGUCUCUCAGCUGCACACAUCUGAGCUUGCCCGCAAGCAGUUGGAAAUCUCAAACAAGAAACUAUUUUCCUUUGCUGAGAAAGUCCACAAAGUUCUAAUAUCUGCCAGCCAACACCGGACUACCCAAAGAUUAAAUCUGUCUAAGAAAACACGUAGAGAAAGCAGUCUGGUCCCUGCUGGACCUGCAGGGCAGCUUGCCAUUGAAGCCAAGGAGCUGAUUGAGUGGGUCUGUUCUCUGGACUGUGAAAAUGCUGAAGCUACGGAAGUACAAUGUGGCCCCCCCUCACAGGAGCCGGCAGUGCAGAAGACCAACCGGCAGAGAAAUGCUCCACCACGCACACAUCAAACCAGCCAUCUGCAAGAAAUGUUAUUUAUUUAAAACAGAUCACAUUCUAUUGUUAUCCAUACCUAAUGUUAAUGUAUAUUUAAUGUAAAUGCAAUAUAUAUAUUUUUUUGUGUGUUGAAGAUACCAUUCCUGAGAUGCUUGAUCAGAGUUUUCUUCAAGAGACAGCAGGGAUGUUGGGUCCAAUGUCAUCAUCUUUUUCAUUGGGACAACCUAGCUGAAUAGAAACUCGUUUUUGAAAAGGUUCCCUAAAUCAGGCAUUAGGCCCUUCAAUGCAUUGAACAUGACCAAAGUGUUAGAAUCUGCCCAUCAGAAUAAAAGAUCAGCUGUGAUCUUACUGAAUGGCAGUGCAGGUUUAAAGGACUGCCUGGGGAAUUGGUACAACGAUGGGGGAGAUCAGCUACAAAUGUGGUGAACAGCAGAGUAGACUUGAGGGGCUGUAUGUCCUACUGCUGUUCUUAUUUUCCUGAGUUGGGCCUCAGUGUAACAUGUGUAGAGGGUCACAGAUAGCUGAGUGGGUGGCCAAUUAAAUGACAGCAAAUCAGCUCAGAGUCCAUCCUGUGGACUAAACAUGGCUGCUCACCCAGUUUGUGUUUGACUUCUCCAAUGUAGAAACCACAAUGUGAACACUAAAUGCAAUAAAUAUUUUGGUGGUUUUAUUGUUCUGAGGGUACAGGCUAGCCUUUAGUAUUUGCUAUUAGCAACACAGGCAGAGAAGUAUAAUUCUAGUUGCUGAAUUAACUUAUUUGCUCUCACAUUUUCAAAGAUUCCCUUUUGUUCUUGCCCAUUCAUCCACAUUUUUUUUUGCUAUUGAAAACGUUAUUUUCUUCCCUUUCCCAGUUCUGAUGACAGACCUGUUUUUCUUCCCACAGACGCAAUCUGACCUCCUGAGUUUGUUCCAACAUUUACUGCUUUACUUCAGAUUUGUAUCAUUUGCAGUUUUAUUUCCAAACCAAAAAUACUCAGUGGCCACAUUAUUAGAAAUCCCCUGCACCUAAUAAACAUGAGAAUAUGUUUGUGGUAUUCUGCUGCUGUAGCUCAUUCCCUUCAGGGUUCAACACAUUGUGCAUUCAGAGAAGCUCUUCUACACACCACUGUUGUAAUGUGUGGUUAUUUGAGCUACGGUCACCUUCCUGUCAGCUGGAACCAAUCUGCCCAUUCUCCUCUGAUCUCUCAUUAACAAGGUGCUUUUGCCCACAACUGCAACUCACUUAAUAUUUUUGUAUCAUUCUCUGUAAACUUGAGAGACUGUUGUGCGUGAAAAUCCCAGUUUCUGAGAUACUUAAACCACCCUGUCUGGCACCAACAAGCAUUCCAUGGUCAAAGAUCACAUUUCUUCCCCAUUCUGAUGUUUGUUCUGAAUAACUGAAGCUCUUGACCAUAUCUGCAUGCUUUCAUGCAUUGAGUUGCUGCCACAUGAUUUGCUGAUUAGAUAUUUGCAUUAACAAGGUGUCCCUGAUAACAUGGCCACCAAGUGUAGUUCUGCCACGUCUAAAGUGCAUUUCACCUUCAAGUGUGAUAACAUUGUUUGUAUUGUGCCGCACACAGCCUCUACACAUGGAGUUAAUGUUUAAAGUUAAAGACCUGCUGUAAAGUGGAGCAAGCUGCAACCCCCCAACAGUAAGUCAGAUCGUAACCCCCAUUCAGAGGCAUACACAUUUACUGCAAAACAGUGUAAAACAAAACAGUUUUGCACUCUUGCCGCAGUUGCAACAUUUGCUGUGAGAAAUAGAAUUUCACCUUUUUUUUACUACAAAAGCUUGCUAGCCUUGUAUCCUGGUUAAUUGACUGCACAGAAAAAUCAGUGUGGGGAAAACAGGCAGUCAAUAUGAUACUGCCUGGUUUGCACUACUACAGUGCCUAUUCAAAGGAUACACCCCCUUGGAAGUUUUCAUGUUUUAUUGUUUUACAACAUUGAAUCACAGUGGAUUUAAUUUGUUAUUUUUUACACUGAUCAACAGAAAACAACUUUUGUGUCAAGGUGAAAACAUACCUCUACAAAGUGGUCUAAAUUAAUUACAAAUAUAAAACAAAAUAGUUGAUUACUAAGUAUUCACCUCCUUCAAGUCAGUACGUAGUAGUUGCACUUUUGGCAGCAAUUACAGCUUAGAAUCUGUAUGGAUAGGUCUUUAUCAGCUUUGCAUAUUUGGACAGUGCAAUUUUCCCCCAUUCUUCUUUACAAAACUGCUCAUACUCCGACAGAUUGUAUGGGGAUCACAAGUGAACAGCCCUUUUCAAGUCCGGCCAAAUUCUCAAUUGGGUUGAGGUGUGGACGCUAACGUGGUCUCCCCAGGACAUUAACUUUGUUUUUUUAAGCCAUUUCUGUGCAACUUUAGCUUUACACUUGGGGUCAUUGUCUUGCUGGAAAACAUAUCUUCUCAGAAGUCACAGUUCUCUUGCAGACUGCAUCAGAUUUUACUCCAGGAUUUCCCUGUAUUGUGUUGCAUUCAUUUUACCCUCUACUUUCACAAGCCUUCCAGAGCCUGCAGCAGUGAGGCAUCCCCACAGCAUGAUGCAAUCACCACCAUACUUCACAGUAGGACUGGUGUGUUUUUGAUGAUGUACAGUAUUUGGCUUAUGCCAAACAUAACGUUUAGUCUGAUGGCCAAAUAAACUCAAUUUUGGUUUCAUCACACCAUAGAAGCUGCUUCCAGCUGACUUCAGUCUUCCACAUGCCUUCCGGCAAAGUGUAACCAAGAUUUUUUUUUCCCAACCGUGGCUUUCUCUUUGCCACUCUCCCAUAAAGCUGCGACUGGUGAAGCACCCGGGUAACAGUUGUAUGUGCAGUCUCUCCCAUCUCAGCCACUGAAGCUUGUAACUCUUCCAGAGUUGCCAUAGGUCUCUUGGUGGCCUCCCUCAUUUGUCCCUUUUUUGCACGGUCACUCAGUUUUUGAGGUUGGCCUGCUCUAGGUAGAUUUACAGCUGUGCCAUAUUCUUUCCAUUUCUUGAUGAUUGACUUAACUGUAUAUCCAAGGGAUAUUAACUGACUUGGAGAUUUUCUUGUAUCCAUCUCUUGACCUGUGCUAUUCAAUAACCUUUUCACUGAGUUGACUGAAGUGUUCUUUUAUCUUCGCGGUGUAGUUUUUGCCAGGAUACUGCCUCACCAGCAGCAGUCGGACCUUCCAGAUACUGGGUUAUUUUUACUACAAUCAACUGACUGCAAAUGGAGGCCUCCAUUUAACUAAUUAUAUGACUUCUAAAACCAACUGGCUGAACUAGUGAUGAUUUAGGGUGUCAUAUUACAGAGGGUGAAUACUUUUGCAAUCAAUUAUUUUAUAUUUUAUAUUUGUAAUUAAUUUAGAUCACCUUGUAGAGACCUGUUUUCACUUUGCCACAAGAGCCUUUUUCUGUUGAUCAGUGCCAAAAAAGCCAAAUUAAAUCUAUUCUGAUUCAAUGUUGUAAAAACAAUAAAACAUGAAAACUUCCAAGAGGGUGUAAAUACUUUUUAUAGGCCCUGUAUCUGCAAUAAAUUUGCACAAAGCCUCAUAUCCCUGUUGAAAAGCCAUCAACUACAGCUCUACAGUGGACUGAAUACAGAACUGCUUCACUUGUUCAUUAGAUUCCCAUAACAUUCACCACAAUGCAGAUAAGGUCAUCAAUCAACAUUGUAAAGAAAAGACUCUGGUUUUAAGAUCAACUAUAAAAAUAAUUUACUGUUCCGGGACAAGGUACAGAAGAAUCUAAGCUAAGAAUAACUAGGGUAUUCUACUGAGACUAGAUGUAAAGAUAAGUAUUCUAUUUGAGAUUAGUCAUUUAUCAGGAUGUUAUGAGACUAUCAACAUUAAUUAACAAAUCUAAAUAUGUCUAUACAAGAUCACUUCUUCAAAUGUUCUAGCACCCCUCAAAACAUUUUAAUUUCUGCUGAAGAGCAAAUGCUGGUGUAGAACAAAUUUUCUAGUGCUGGGAUCUGAUCCCCUUCAUAUUAAAACGGGUGAGUAUGCCAGAUGGAUUAGUUCUACAUAAAACUAUUUAAUUGCAGAGAUUAGCCUUGAAAUGUUAAAAGUUCCAUCAAGGGUAAAUACCAAUUAUGCAUCAAGUAUGGUUUAGAACUCUACUGAACAUUAUCCUGUAUGUAAUUUGACUGUACUAGAGGUCCAGGAACUGAUAUUAACACCAAUGCUAAGCAUUAAACAACUGCUGCUUUUAAUAAAUUGUGUGUAAAUAAGUGCUUCUAUUUUUUUAAUGUACACAAUGUACAAUAUUUCUAGUUGACAUCAGCAUAAGAAUUUUUUUUAAAUCCAAAGGACAAUUCUUUAGCUUCCAAUAAACCAUGUGUAGCUUUAGUGCAUUAAUUAAUGAAGAAAAUAAAAAAAAAAUCAGUGAAUUUUUGGAAGCUGCUCAUACAUUUUAAAUCCUAUUUUGCCCUGUGGUGCAUGCUCUACAGGCCCAUACUUAAAUCCUAGUUAUACACUCUAUAGCCAGCUUUGUUAGGGACACCUGCUCAUUAAUGCGUCUUUGUACACAUAACAUGUCAAAACUUGAAGUGGAUGAGCUACAGCAGCAGAAGACCACAGCAGGUUCCACUUCUGUACCUAAUAAAGUCACCACUAAGUUUAAGUUCAGAACGAGUUACCAGAAAACCCAUAUUGCUACCGAUAGUCCAUCUUCUCCCUUUCAUACUGGAAAUGAACAUUUCAAAUAAGUCAUCGGCUUCCAAAAAUCGAAAAGUGGAAAGAUUUCAUGUGCAUGAUCACACAAGGAUGGGUGAACUUUCGUAUCAUAAUCCGUUGCAAUUAUGUGAAGCAGUUGGAUAUUACUUUAUAUAUAUUUUGCCCAACAGCAGAAGUCCAGGUUGAUUAAAGAUGCAUGUUAAGACGUUUUGCCACCCAGAGCAAGUAGGCAAGUUGGAUCACUUCAGAUUCACCAUGGCAUCCACAAUAGGGACGUGUUUGCAAUGGGGCUCAUUGUAACUCACCAAAAAUGCAUUUUGUCCAGUUUUUGAUGUCUAGCUUUUCAAGAAGUACCCAUUCUACACCCUGUUAAGCAGAUCAAUAUUUAACUUGCAGCUGGAAAGCAAAAUUUUGUUCCAUCACUACAAGGCAAUUUAUCAUAUCGUAAAGUUACAACAUUCAAAGUGCUUGAUUUAAUUUGGUGUGGGUGUGUCCAGUAAGUUUUUUUGGCAAAAGCAUAUGGUCUGCCUCCUUGCACCGGAUAUACCUUCCAUGUAACCUCAUCAUAAACUACAUCCUUGCAGUGCUUAAACAAUUAAGAUUUCUUACUGUUGGCUAGGUUCACAUUUUCAAGUUCUGCAUUUAAAUUCUAUC